AUGGUAUUAUUUACUAAACAUGAACAUCAACGCGACUUAACCAAACAGUUGUUAGUAGCUAGUCAACUACUUAUAUUCAUUCGAUUCAGCAGGGACCGGUCAUUCCUCUUGGCGUGCAUCAAUAUAUCGAUCCUUGGAGUCGUCAUGCUAAUAUCACAAAUCGUCGAUCACCAAUACGAGUUAACCAGUGCUGUUCUGUCGUCGUCAGCCUCCUCGACGCAUAGAUUAUCCUCCGAGACGGAUCACAGUGUAGUACGCAACACCGUGAAUAAAUUAAUGGACAACUUACAGACAGCGAUACUUUUCCAAACGCUAUAUUCUAUGUGGUAUCACUGGACAGUAACACAUCGACAUCCAGACAGGAUAUAUGACACAAUAUUCUUGUUUUUGAUAGAGGACUCGUUUCCAUUAAACGCAUGGCCUACGUUAUUUUCAGUGAUACUGGAUACGAUACUUUUGAUUAUACAAUUAAUUAUGAUCAAUAUACAGAACAGUCGCAUGCUGAUAACAACAACAACCGCAACGACAACUGUUCAAGAUCCCUAUAAUGGCAGCAGUCAUCGAGAAGAUUCACACGUUGAUAUAGAUAACCAAACAGUGCUAGGUUUCCUAACCAACAACUAUUAUUAUUCAUACCAUCACAAUCAAGACACGGCCACUCAAGAACCACUACUACAAGAACAUACUGCAUCACCUGCAACCGACUACGGUAGCACCACCUAA